AUGACACCCCUUCCCAUCUUCUCGGGCGGUCCCGGCGAUGUACCAGUCGAAAACUUCAUAAGGAAAUUCAAACGUCUCCUCAUCUUCCAGAAUGCACACAGCAGCGAUACAAAGACAACCGGGUACCUCUCGGUCCGCUUGGAGGGAGGCGAGCAUAUUUGGUUCAAGGAACAGAAUUACGAAUGCGCAAGGUCUUGGGAUGCGCUUGAAGCCCAAAUUGAAGGAGCGCUUCAGGACCAGGGACUGCAUCACCAACAUCGACGCACGUCUAAAGCCUUUCGGCUGAUACCAUUCGUCAGCCUGAAGGAUGGCUGA